AUGCGUCGCUCGGAUCCCUGCGACCGCUCUCGUUUCCCAUCGGUCGUCAGCCCUAUCCAUCCUUCGCCUUCUUUGCGAGCGAUGGUCUAGUGUUCUUCGUUGAAUUUAUACCCUUGGUUCUAUUCAGUUGUUCGGAUCCGCAUAUUUAAUCGCUCUCUUCUUGGAAAAUGAUGAGGCUCGAAACUUAUGCUGGAUUUAGUUUCUUGGCUACCAUUAGCGCGAUCUACUAUGCAUUUAGCAGCAGAGGGCAGUUCUAUCCUGCCCUGGUCUACCUCUCCACCUCGAAGAUAUGCUUUGUGCUUCUUUUGAACAUGUGCCUGGUCAUCAUGUGCAUAAUGUGGCAGUUGGUCAAGCGUUUGUUUCUUGGCUCUCUCAGAGAAGCAGAAGUCGAAAGGCUCAAUGAACAAUCAUGGAGGGAGGUCAUGGAUAUACUAUUUGCAAUCACCAUAUUCCGGCAAGACUUUUCUGUUACUUUCCUAGCGAUGGUUACAGCUCUUCUCUUGAUCAAAGCCUUGCAUUGGUUGGCCCAGAAGAGAGUCGAAUAUAUUGAGACAACGCCCUCUGUUUCUCCGCUGUCCCAUAUGCGGAUAGUUUCGUUCAUGAUUUUCCUCUUAAUCCUCGACUGUCUUUUCUUGUACAAUUCUUUGAGGUCUCUGAUUCAAACUCGGCAAGCAUCCGUCGCACUCUUCUUUUCAUUUGAAUACACAAUCCUAGCGACAACAACCGUAUCUACAUUUGUGAAGUAUAUUUUCUAUGUAAGUGACAUGCUUAUGGAAGGCCAAUGGGAGAGAAAGGCUGUUUAUACAUUUUAUCUCGAGCUUGUACGGGACCUUCUUCACCUGUCUUUAUACAUAUUUUUCUUCCUAGUCAUCUUUCUGAGUUAUGGUAUUCCAUUGCACUUGAUCCGUGAGCUGUAUGAGACAUUUCGCAGUUUCAGAAUGCGUGUUGCUGAUUAUGUUCGUUAUCGCAAAAUUACAUCAAAUAUGAAUGAGCGUUUCCCUGAUGCAACACAAGAAGAACUUAAUGCAACUGAUGCAACAUGCAUUAUAUGUCGUGAGGAGAUGGUUACAGCCAAGAAAUUGCUAUGUGGACAUCUUUUCCAUGUGCAUUGUCUAAGGUCAUGGCUAGAGCGACAACAUACUUGCCCUACUUGCCGAGCUUUGGUUGUCCCUCCUGAAAAUGGGCAAGUUGGAUCAGCUAGGCAUCAUGGAACUCCAUCAGAAUCUAAUCAACCUGUUGGAUCAGCAACGGAAGGCACAUCAUCACAAGGUCCCAGUGAUGGUGCAGGAGGUGCUAAUCUAAGCCGGCAUCAGGCAAGGCUUCAAGCUGCUGCCAUGGCUGCUUCCUUAUAUGAGAAAUCAUUUAGUUAUCUUCCAGCAAGUUCCUUCUGGCCUUCAGGUUAUGCAUCAAAUCACAUGGAAAAUCCUCAUUUGGAGGCAUUUAGUGGGGUGAUGAAACAGCCUACCGGAGAAGCAGUGGCUUCUGGGCCAUCGCUGCAAUUCAACACACAUCCUAGAUCUAUUCCUUUUCUGGCUUCUGAUUCCAGCAUUGCCUCCAGCCAGACAUCCUCCAGCAAUCAAGAUGUGCAGCUUUCGCUAUUGAAGGCACAUGAAGAUGUUAUCCGUAGCCAGAUUCAGUUUCUACAGACACAGUUGCAGGCUUUAGAGCAGCAGGCGGCAUACCAGUCUGAGACGUCAUCCGGAGAUGUAGUUCCUGCCGUCGCUGAUCUAAAGGGAAAAUCGGUCAUCACAUCUGAUGCUGCCACAUCUAAACCUGAUGGUGCUCAUCAAGAGGAGUCUGAAAAAGUUUAAGACCUAUCAAGACUCUGUAGGUCAAGAAAGGGGUGAGGGUGAAAUUUCACAAUGUUCAUUCACUAAUUGUACGAUACUCAGCAUUUACCAGAUGAUAGAUAAGUACAUCUGAACUGUGUUGUGCAUGACUAGCUUCGCUGGUUUUGGUGCUUUCUGUAACCAAAAUUUGUUGAUAAUGCCCAAUGCUAAUAGUUGCUCCUCUCGGUUAAGCCGAUUUAAUCACUGCA